AUGGCUGGUGAGGACAGUUUUAUAGUGUUGGUUCAUCACAAAGGAUCGAUUAAGAGAAAAACUCGCUCAGGUGUCAAGUUCACCGAUAAGGAUCCUCUCUGUAUUAUCGUGAGUUCUACGACAAGCUAUGAUGACCUUGCUAGCUCUGUAUUACAGAAACUUGGUCUGGAAGGUGUUAAACGAGUUAAGAAGUUUUUCUAUCGCAUUCCAGUCACAGUGCUCCAAGAUACCGUGAAGUAUGAUUGCUUCACGAUCGGGAGUGAUGAGGACCUGCAGGUCAUGUUUCUUUGUCGCCGCUCGGGGGGUUCGAACCGGAAUACCAACACUUUAGCGACGGUUGCCGGUUCUAGCUCAAGUCCUGCCUUUGCAUCUUCCUCAGUCCCGGCGUACGAGCCACCCGCCCCGCCUGUCGCCUCCCCUUUGUUCGCUGUUGAUCUCAAUGGCAGUGUUGGCGACGAGGUUGGAACAGCGAAACUUGUACCUACCUCUGUACACUGUGCUGCACCGGCUGCGGCUGGAGAUGAAUUGUUUGAUGAUGUAGAGGACGAUGAUGUCGAGCCGGAUAUGAUUGCUGAUGAUAGUGCCGAUGAUAUCAGAGCCAGUGAGCCUGCCGGUGCCGGUGGUGGCUCUAGCUCUGGCACACAGCAGUAA